CCGAGCCCGAGCCGGAGCUGGGCGAGGGCGGCUGCGGUGCCGGCGGCGGCGGCGGCGGCGGGAGAAGAUGGUGGCGCUGGAGGUAGGAGCGGCCGGAGCAGAGCUUUAUUCCCAGGCUGGGCACCGGCGCUAUCAUUAGCGCCGCCAGCUCCCGCGGGCCCGCGGACCCAGCUGUCAGGCAAGCCGAGUGGAGCAAAAUGAGAGCGCAGUGAGCCGGCCCAGCCUCUCCCGCGGCCGUCCCGACGCCCACCAUGAACCACUCGGAGGGCUCCGCGGAGGCGGAGGUGACCGACGAGGCGGCAGGCGGGGAGGUGAACGAGUCGGUGGAGGCUGACCUGGAGCGCCCCGAGGCGGAGGAGCAGCGGCGGCGGCGCCAUGCCCGCCGCCCCGGGCGCGCCGUCGAGGACCCGCGCGCGCCGCCGGGGGCGCAGGACGAGGAGGAGCGCGGCGACUGCCUGGCGCGCUCGGCCAGCACGGAGAGCGGCUUCCACAACCACACGGACACGGCCGAGGGCGACGUGAUCGCCGCCGCCCGCGACGGCUACGACGCGGAGCGCGCGCAGGACGCCGAGGACGAGAGCGCCUACGCCGUGCAGUACCGGCCCGAGGCCGAGGAGUACACGGAGCAGGCGGAGGCCGAGCACGCCGAGGCCGCGCAGCGCCGCGCGCUGCCCAACCACCUGCACUUCCACUCGCUCGAGCACGAGGAGGCCAUGAACGCGGCCUACUCGGGCUACGUGUACACGCACCGGCUGUUCCACCGCGGCGACGACGAGCCGUACGCCGAGCCCUACGCCGACUACGGGGGCCUCCAGGAGCACGUGUACGAGGAGAUCGGGGACGCGCCCGAGCUGGAGGCGCGCGACGGGCUGCGGCUGUACGAGCGGGAGCGCGCCGCCGCCGCCGCCGCCGCCGCCGCCUACCGCCAGGAGGCGCUGGGCGCGCGGCUGCACCACUACGACGAGCGCUCCGACGGCGAGUCCGACAGCCCCGAGAAGGAGGCCGAGUUCGCGCCCUACCCGCGCAUGGACAGCUACGAGCAAGAGGAGGACAUCGACCAGAUCGUGGCCGAGGUCAAGCAGAGCAUGAGCUCGCAGAGCCUCGACAAGGCGGCCGAGGACAUGCCCGAGGCCGAGCAGGACCUGGAGCGCGCGCCCACCCCGGGCGGCGGCCGCCCCGACAGCCCCGCGCCGCGGGCGCCGGCGGGCGGCGAGGCGGCGCCGCGCUACAGCCAGGAGAAAAGGGACGCCAUCUCGCUGGCCAUCAAGGACAUCAGAGAGGCCAUCGAGGAGGUGAAGACCAGGACCGUGCGUUCGCCCUACACCCCCGACGAGCCCAGAGAGCCCAUCUGGGUCAUGCGCCAGGACAUCAGCCCCACCAGGGACUGCGACGGCCAGAGGCCGGGGGACGGAGGCUCCCCGUCUCCUGGCAGCUCCUCUCCCCUGGGCGCAGAGUCUUCGAGCACACCCCUUCACCCCAGCGACCCAGCGGAGGCCUCCUCAAAUAAAGAGUCAAGAAAAAGCUUGGCUUCAUUCCCAACCUACGUUGAAGUUCCCGGACCCUGUGACCCCGAAGACUUGAUCGAUGGAAUCAUUUUUGCUGCCAAUUACCUUGGCUCCACCCAGCUGCUCUCAGACAAAACCCCCUCCAAAAACGUGCGCAUGAUGCAGGCCCAGGAAGCCGUGAGCAGGAUCAAGCAGAUGGCCCAGAAAUUAGCCAAAAGCAGAAAGAAGGCUCCGGAAGGGGAAUCUCAGCCAAUGACCGAGGUGGAUCUCUUCAUUUCUACCCAGAGAAUCAAAGUACUGAAUGCCGACACACAGGAGACAAUGAUGGACCACCCUCUGAGGACCAUCUCCUACAUAGCCGACAUCGGGAAUAUCGUUGUGCUGAUGGCCCGCAGGCGGAUGCCCCGCUCCAACUCCCAGGAGAACGUGGAAGCCUCCCACCCAUCCCAGGAUGGAAAAAGGCAAUACAAGAUGAUCUGCCACGUCUUUGAGUCUGAGGAUGCGCAGCUGAUCGCUCAGUCCAUCGGGCAGGCGUUCAGCGUGGCGUACCAGGAGUUCCUCAGGGCCAACGGCAUUAACCCCGAGGACCUCAGCCAGAAGGAGUACAGCGACCUGCUCAACACCCAGGACAUGUACAACGAUGACCUGAUCCACUUCUCCAAGUCGGAAAACUGCAAAGAUGUCUUCAUAGAGAAGCAGAAAGGAGAAAUCCUGGGUGUGGUGAUUGUGGAGUCUGGCUGGGGGUCCAUCUUGCCAACCGUGAUCAUCGCCAACAUGAUGCAUGGAGGCCCUGCUGAGAAAUCGGGGAAGCUGAAUAUCGGGGACCAGAUCAUGUCCAUAAAUGGCACCAGCCUGGUGGGCUUGCCUCUGUCCACCUGCCAGAGCAUUAUUAAGGGCUUGAAGAACCAGCCCCGGGUGAAGCUGAACAUCGUGAGGUGCCCUCCAGUGACCACCGUAUUGAUCAGGAGACCCGACCUUCGCUACCAGCUGGGUUUCAGUGUCCAGAAUGGAAUCAUCUGCAGCCUCAUGCGAGGGGGCAUAGCCGAAAGGGGUGGCGUCCGCGUGGGACAUCGGAUCAUUGAGAUCAACGGGCAGAGCGUGGUGGCCACACCGCACGAGAAGAUCGUCCACAUCCUCUCCAAUGCGGUGGGGGAGAUCCACAUGAAGACGAUGCCGGCCGCCAUGUACAGACUGCUAACAGCCCAGGAGCAGCCCGUUUACAUCUGAGGCCGCGCCCGCCUGCCUGGCGGCUUGCAUGGAGGACUGUCCUCACUCGUGGUGUGUUUCUCGUGCUGCAUCUGUGUGCCCACUGAGACUUUCCCUCUCACACCCAGCACCGGUUCUACACGGGAGGAGGAGAAUCCACAGAUUUCGUUGCUCGCUGUCUCCAGUUUGCAUUUUUUUUUUUAAUGCCCGGAAAGUUUUGUACGCACGCCCUUGAGGAUAGAGAGCAGCCAGUCCCCACCAGGUAUCGGCCCAGAGUGUCCUGAAGGGGCCCCUGGGGGUCCCGGGGAGCACCUUCCCUGCUCAGGGGGAGCCCUCCCCUCUCCCACGAGGUGCUCCUGGGGGCAGUGAAGGGGCGGAGUCAGCAGGGCCUACAGUCCAGCCGCUGGCCUUGGCUCUUGGGUCAGUGUACGGGAAUACAGUCUGUCCGCGGAGACCAGCUCUGUCGUUAAGGGUUUGCUCUGCCCACCACGGUGGACUCGGGGCGCCACACAUCUCCACCCAGAAUUUCUGAGCCAACCUUAUGCCUCUUCUACAGCUACUUUUAGUUUUGACAUAAUUGUGUUCUCAAAUGUGAGCCUUCUCACCCUAGAAGGGAGACUGCCGUGGACCGGGGCGCCAUCUUGGUGCAGAGAGCUCAGCAGGUCGGGGGGCAGCCCAGCUUCCUCAGGCUGUGCCAAGGUCACCAUCCAUCAGAUAGACGUGGGCAGGUCAUUCCUUCCUCCCUCUCUGCCACACACGUACGUAUACAGUCUCGCUUGUGUAUGGAGGGCUCUCGCCUCCUCCCACCACCAGUGAGACACACAGAGCCCCUGGAGAACCCACAUCACCUCCCUACGAGGCCCCUUCCCCUGGCAUGUGAGGCCCCCAGGGGCCGCUCAGCCCUGUCCAGAGAGAGACGCCCCCUCUGUGCCUGACGCCUGGCCCCACCAGCACCGCCUUGGCUCAGAGUCCCAGUGGACUCCCUUCGUGCCCCCACUCCGCACCCGCCCUGGGGGGUCUUGGAAGACGGACUGCUCCCCUCGUGGAGGACCCAGAUGCAGUGGGGUCAUGCUUCCUGGCCCGAGGUAAGAUCAGCUGUCCUCUCUGCUCAGGGCCACACAGCAGGAUGUGCCAUUGGAGAGGCCAGGAUAGUAACAAACCACAAAACCCAGGGGACAAGAAUGACCUCACACGAUGCCUAAGCAGCCCCGGGUGUGUUCUGACGACGUCAGCUUGCUGCCUGGUGGGCCUGAGGGCACGGGCAUUGGGGGCGGGGGGGUGCCGUGUUCUCCGCAGGUGCCUCACCUUGUGGGUUGUCUCAGUUUGUGCGUUGUUUCCGUGAUCCUAUUCUGAGCCAGUUUUCACUUACUCUUGGUCCAAAGAGCAUUUUGUUUUCAUGUAGGUGGCUGUGGGUUGGUUUGGGUUUAUUUGUUUCGUUCUGUUUCUGACCUCAGCAGAGACGGGGGAAGAGAAACUGAUAUAUUUUGUAAUAUUAAUAGAGCCCCUGCUCUCUGCACCUGGGAUAUUUAUGUUGUGUCUGUGGAAAUAGGAAUUCGGGGAGCACAUGUUGGCUGCUAUGCAUUUAUUUGUGGGAUGGAGGGAUCUCGGGGAGGGAGACACGUGAAUAUAUAAAAUAGGAACACGAGGCUGUUACCAGACGACGGUGCGGUACCCCCGGAAAGCCGCAAGUCCCGUAUGCAUCGGUGCUGCCCGUCCAUCUGUAGUAGGAGCCCUCGUAAAGAAGGGGCCGCGCCCAGUCCAGGGGAGCCAGGCGGGACCCCUGGGCUGCUUCUGAGGCCCAGCCCCACCUGUGGCCUACCACACAGCCAGAAUCAUGGCCCCCGGUUCUCAGUUUACCAGACUGUAGCGUGUCACAAUGUAGUCAGGUACUCAAAAGUCACGUGUCCAUCUUUCCUCUGCCAAAAAGAGUGGGUAAAAGAGGAACAAAGCCUUACUGGCAGUACUGGAGGCGUCAGGAGACUGGGAAGGUCACGGGAGGGGUUGGUGGCUGCCUGGUCCCAGGGUGACCGCUCAGAGAGCCUGCCCAAGGCCUGUCCCACGGGGCCAGCAGACUGGAACUCCACUCGCACAUCCCUGUGUAGCCUGCCAGUAAUUACAGUUAAGUAUCUUCACCCAAAGGAGAGGGGAGAGAGAAAACCUAGGUUCUGCUAUGGCACCCAAGUCUUGGAACGUUGGGCCAGUGCUGGAGAAACGAAUUUAGGAAGUACUCCUGGAACACCAACAUGGUGUAGGAGGAUGAGGUUACUGCUCCACCACAUAUACCUCGUGGUACCCAAAGGGGCUCUUCACACCCAGAGAGCGCAUGUUCCCGGAGUUCCCUACAGGUGCACCGGGCUCCAGUGUGUUCUGGGCCUGGCUCCCGUCCGACGCAGGGAGUUGAGAUCCCUCCCCCUUGGUUAAUCAAAGGUGGCUUAAGUGUUAGUAACUCGGUUUUUGAAACCCCCAUGGGACACGGUGGUUUCCUGACAUCCCAGUAUGUAUAGUUACAUAUGUAAAUAUCCGCCUACCCCCUGGGAUGGGGAGCACUAUGUACAGAGCAGCCUUCCCAAACAGGACCCAGGCACAAAGCCACUCUUGCUGCUUGGCUGGGACAUGAUGGUGACUCAGCUGCAGGGACAGAGUCUCACAUUCGGCUACCCCUCCUGGUCCAGCCAGGAUGCACUGGAACACAUCCUGCCUCUGCCUUCUCACGUGGGAGCACUUCAGGGAGCCACCAUCAGCCUUGGGCUCACGAGAGGAGGGAACCCCCCGAGACCAAGGCCUGGAGUCCACUCCCUCACCAGAGCGGGCUCCUCGGGGGCUGCAGCCCACCACGGGCCACCGGACACCGAACCUCUGCCCAUCAGCACCGGCCUCAGAGAGUCCCAGAGUCAACGACUACCUCCCCCAUCGCUCCUGCCCACCCCCCCAGGCCCCCAUCCGCACCCAGCGUCUCCAUCUGCGCGCUGCCGAAAACCCAUCCACGAGCCCCUUCUUGGGUCCCUCGACCCAGCGGUGUGGCUGUUACCAAUGUUUACAACCAAGGGCCACCUCCUUCUAGAUAUGUUUACUCUCCCACUUACAAGGCCGCUGGCUGGUUUGAGCUUCGUGUCUGUCCCCGCCUUCCCUGGUUUGGGCCGUCUGGAGCACACGACCGGAUUCUUCGCCCCUCCUCCAUCACGGCACUGCGUGAGGACCACGUGGGAAGGAAAUUCCUUGUACAUAUCCAGCACAGCCCCUAGAGUCUGAACUUGUACUACUGUCCUGUAAAGAGGGUGAAAUAGAGCUUAUUGUAAAGCUUGGGACAAGUAGAGUAUGUAUUUGUAACAAUAUCGUUCUUUGUAUACGCAAAACUCAAUGAUCUCUAUAUAUAAAUAUAAAUUAUAUAAAUAAAAUAUAUAUACACGUGAGCCUGGAAUGUUGGCACCACACACCCACUGAAUGUACUUCCUGACAGUCUGGUCACCGGCCCGGCCCUCCCUUUCCUCUGUACCGUUUUGGGGGUUGUGAUGUAUUUAAUGUGUUCUCUUCCUUUAUUUAACUGAACGCUAAUGUCUGUAAGAGUCGCUGCAACAAUAAACAAGAACUUCACCUCUUGG